AUGAGCUCUACCAUGAGGUCCUCUGACACAUAUUCCGGUCAGUGAAAGUCAAAGAGCAGAAUUAAAUUGGGGUGUCCCCCAAAUGGCACCCUAUUCCCUAUACAGUGUUUCCCCUAUAUGCAUUUAGCAGCAGCGCAACACCGCUGCUACAUUGUGGCCGCCACUGCAUUUUUAAAAUAAUGUAGAUGUAUGGCACAGGAAGACCCCAUCCGCCGCCCCCCUGCAGGAAGGCCCCAGAUGUUACAACUUUCAAUUUCACCACAAUGACCAUGAUACAAAGAUGUUUAGAACUAACCCAAGAGCCUGUCAUUUCCAAUGAGAGCAAAUUAAUCAUAGUGGGCAGAACAAGCAAGGAGGUGGGCAGAGCCAUGCCCGAGCUAGGGUGAUUCUAUUGGUGGUUUCCAAGCAUUUUAUUUGCAUAUUUCCAUUAAGGAUUGCCUACUCUGUGAAGUGCGCAAAAACUCAAUUCGCCCUUGCACUCCUAAACAACGGCCAUUUUUUGAAACUUUGGCAAAGGCUAGUUUACAAGUUUACAAAACGCAGUCCACUCUUGUUUGUUACAGAUUCUAGUUUUGGAAACAGUAAACUGUAUGGAGAUUGAAUGUUUAAUCGAUUAGAAAAUUAGCAGAAUGUCGGCCAAAAUCCAUCUUCUCCCACUGCCGUCCACUGGGCUUCCUCUCAUUACCAUAUUUGGUAGUGAGUGGAAACGCUAACCGGAUGCUUCACAUUUAUACAUCCAGUGAAAUAUCUGGCUCAUUGUUCUAUCUGAGAUGAUAGGGUAGCUGUGAGUGUUUCCUCCCUUUUUUAAAUGUAUUUUUUAGGGCUUCCCGAGUGGCGCUGCGGUCUAAGGCAGUGCUAGAGACGUCACUACAGACAUUUACAGUGAGGGAAAAAAGUAUUUGAUCCCCUGCUGAUUUUGUACAUUUGCCCACUGACAAAGACAAGAUCAGUCUAGAAUUGUAAUGGUAGGUUUAUUUGAACAGUGAGAGACAGAAUAACAACAAAAAAAUCCAGAAAAACACAUGUCAGAAAUGUUAUGAAUUGAUUUGCAUUUUAAUGAGGGAAAUAAGUAUUUGACCCCUCUGCAAAACACGACUUAGUACUUGGUGGCAAAACCCUUGUUGGCAAUCACAGAGGUCAGACGUUUCUUGUAGUUGGCCACCAGGUUUGCACACAUCUCAGGAGGGAUUUUGUUCCACUCCUCUUUGCAGAUCUUCUCCAAGACAUUAAGGUUUCGAGGCUGACGUUUGGCAACUCGAACCUUCAGAUCCCUCCACAGAUUUUCUAUGGGAUUAAGGUCUGGAGACUGGCUAGGCCACUCCAGGACCUUAAUGUGCUUCUUCUUGAGCCACUCCUUUGUUGCCUUGGCCGUGUGUUUUGGGUCAUUGUCAUGCUGGAAUACCCAUCCACGACCCAUUUUCAAUGCCCUGGCUGAGGAAAGGAGGUUCUCACCCAAGAUUUGACGGUACAUGGCCCCGUCCAUCGUCCCUUUGAUGCGAUGAAGUUGUCCUGUCCCGUUAGCAGAAAAACACCCCCAAAGCAUAAUGUUUCCACCUCCAUGUUUGACAGUGGGGAUGGUGUUCUUGGGGUCAUAGGCAGCAUUCCUCCUCCUCCAAACACGGAGAGUUGAGUUGAUGCCAAAGAGCUCGAUCUUGGUCUCAUCUGACCACAAUGCUUUCACCCAGUUCUCCUCUGAAUCAUUCAGAUGUUCAUUGGCAAACUUCAGAUGGCCCUGUAUAUGUGCUUUCUUGAGCAGGGGGACCUUGCGGGCGCUGCAGGAUUUCAGUCCUUCACAGUGUAGUAUGUUACCAAUUGUUUUCUUGGUGACUAUGGUCCCAGCUGCCUUGAGAUCAUUGACAAGAUCCUCCCGUGUAGUUCUGGGCUGAUUCCUCACCGUUCUCAUGAUCAUUGCAACUCCACGAGGUGAGAUCUUGCAUGGGGCCCCAUGCCAAGGGAGAUUGACAGUUCUUUUGUGUUUCUUCCAUUUGCGAAUAAUCGCACCAACUGUUGUCACCUUCUCACCAAGCUGCUUGGCAAUGGUCUUGUAGCCCAUUCCAGCCUUGUGUAGGUCUACAAUCUUGUCCCUGACAUCCUUGGAGAGCUCUUUGGUCUUGGCCAUGGUGGAGAGUUUGGAAUCUGAUUGAUUGAUUGAUUGCAUCUGUGGACAGGUGUCUUUUAUACAGGUAACACGCUGAGAUUAGGAGCACUCCGUUUAAGAGUGUGCUCCUAAUCUCAGCUCGCUACCUGUAUAAAAGACACCUGGGAGCCUGAAAUCAUUCAGAUUGAGAGGUGGUCAAAUACUUAUUUCCUUCAUUAAAAUGCAAAUCAAUUUAACAUUUGUGACAUGCGUUUUUCUGGAUUUUGUUGUUGUUAUUCUGUCUCUCACUGUUCAAAUAAACCUACCAUUAAAAGUUAUAGACUGAUCAUUUCUUUGUCAGUGGGCAAACGUACAAAAUCAGCAGGGGAUUAAAUACUUUUUUACAUUUUAGUCAUUUAGCAGACGCUCUUAUCCAGAGCGACUUACAGUUAGUGAGUACAUACAUUUAAAAAAAAAUCAUACUGGCCCCCCGUGGGAAUCGAACCCACAACCCUGGCGUUGCAAGCGCCAUGCUCUACCAACUGAGCUACACGGAGCAGACCCGGGUUCGAUCCCAGGCUGUGUCACAACCGGCCUUGAUCGGGAGUCCCAUGGGGUGGCAUACAAUUGUCCCAGCGUCGUCCGGGUUAGGGGAGGGUUUGGCCAGGGGAGCUUUACUUGGCUCAUCGUGUUCUAGCGACUCCUUGUUGCGGGCCUGGCGCCUGCAGGCUGACCUCGGUCAUCAAUUGAACGGUGUUUCCUCCGAGACAUUGGUGCGGCUGGCUUCCGGGUUAAGCGGGCGGGUGUUAAGAAGCACGGUUUGGCGGGUCAUGUUUCGGAGGAUGCACUCGACCUUCGCCUCCCGAGCCCACUGUGGAGUUACAUUUUAGUCAUUUAGCAGACGCUCUUAUCCAGAGCGACUUACAGUUUGUGAGUGCAUACGUUUUCAUUUUCAGUUGCAGUGAUGAGACCCCCCACCCCCCCCCCCCCCCCCCCCCCCCCCCCCCCCCAAAAUGUAUUUUUUGUUUAACCUUUAUUUUGACAGUCAUCCUGAGACCAAGAUCUCUGUUUCAUAGGAGCCCUGUAACUACAAACAUAUACACAUCAGUGUUGCACAGUAUACUGAAACUUCGGUACUGUUUUGAUACUAGAACGUGAAAAACACUAAUUUUUGUUGCUUUCGGUACUUGUCAAAUGUGUCUCACGGAUCAAGUAUAUCAGCACAGCCGAUGUCCCUCUUAUAGCGCGAGCGCACCGUUCCUGCUCCACUUAGCCUGCACUGGGAGACUGGGCAGCAUCAUAUUAGCUCCCCACUCAUACUGCACAUUUUACAUUUUUUUUACAUUUUAGGCAUUUAGCAGACGCUCUUAUCCAGAGCGACUUACAGUUAGUGAGUGCAUACAUUUUUUCAUACUGGUCCCCCGUGGGAAUCGAACCCACAACCCUGGCGUUGCAAGCGCCAUGCUCUACCAACUGAGCUACACAGAAGUUAACACACUUGAAUAAUGCAACACGGCAUGUAGAAAUGUUGAAACUGUUAUUUACUGUUUGCAAUGUUCAUACAGGCUAUUUCAAAGAUGAUUGACACAAACUGUAUUAAUUCACUUAAUCUGUCUCUCUCACCUCUCUCCCAAAGGUUAUCUAUUGCGUCAGCGAACUGAAAGUGUGUGUGUAGGGCUCUGACGGGCCGCCCCCCUCUUGCCUCAUAAAUGACCUUAUUACUGGUUAGAGACAGCAAACACUUUUUUUAAAUAAGCUACUUCUAUGCAAAUGAUGUUUAUCAGUACAAAAAAUAAGUCCCAAAUGGAAGGGAAACAGAUUUACAUCUAAAAUCAGCCAAAACAAGCUCAAUAACUCAAUGCAUGCACACACUCCUAUUGAAUAUGCAUUCACCUGAAUUGUGAAUAGGCUACAUCUUGAUUUGCCCAGUUUAUCAAUAGAGAUUUACCAUUCAAUUAAAUUAUUACCGUUAAGUAGUUAGAUUGGUAAAGAAACUGUCAUUAAUUGUAGGAUUGUAUAAUUUAAUUCAUUAAUGCAUACAUGGCUGUCUCUGAAAAUUGUUGACGUAAAUACAUUCUAAUGUAAUGAUAUUGAACUCAGCUGUAGCUGAGUUUAUCUGCCUGGAUCAAGUGCCAUUCUGUGACUUUGGCUAAUAUGCAUUCUUUUUUUUGGCGUGGUAUUGUGAUGGUAUCGUGACACUAAACCUGGUAUUGAAGUAGAAAUUCUGGUAUCGUCACAACACUACAAAACACAAUCAUAGAAAACAAACACCUCAGUAAGAAGGUCAAUUAGCCGCCUGAAUUGCCCUACAGGCACCAAAAUAUCAAAUUUAAGAGAGUUUUUAAGAUUAUUCCACAAGUAAGGUGCACAUAAAAAAAAUAAUAAAAAAAAAGCAGAUUUACCUAACUCAGUGGAGAUCGAAGGGAUCUCCAGAGUUAGCCGUCCCUGAGACUGGGUCUGGUAGCUCGUACGUCUGUAGGUUAACAAUGAAGUAAGGUAUGGUGGAGGUUUGUGUAAGAGGGCUUUAUAAACAAAAAUAUAUAAACAAAAAUAGUGCAAUGCAUCGAUCUAUGAGACUUCAGAGCGGGCCAACCGACUUUCUGAUACAGAAUGCAGUGAUGUGUAAGGAACCUAUCACCCGUAAUAAAGCGUAGUGCACUAUGAUAAACUGUGACCAAUGGCUUCAAUACAGUGGCAGCUGCAUUCAUAUAGACGAUAUCCACAUAGUCUAUAACCAGUAUGAAUGUAAACUGAAUUAUUAGUUUUCUGCUGUUUAAUGAAAGGCAUCAGUGGAGGCUGCUGAGGGGAGGACAGCUCAUAAUAAUGGCAGGAACGGAGUGAAUGGAAUGGCAUCAAACCAUGUGUUUGUUGUAUUUGAUACUAUUCCACCUAUUCCACUCCAGUCAUUAACACGAGCCCGUCCUCCCCAAUUAAGGUGCCACCACUAAAAUAUUGUGGUGGUGUUAUGGGGUAUCCAGGGUACAGUUAAGUGUCCUUUCGACCUCUCCAAAGUGUCCGGAUGUGGUAAUUGCACUGUUUUUGCACACUGGAUGUUCACUAUAAAAACGAAAUUUCUACAACACCAACCUCCCUCAAACAUUGCGGUGGUGUCGGGGGACAUACAAGGGAUAAGCAGGCAACAUCAUAUUUUUGAUGCGGAAAGAUAUAGUCACUUGGUGGACAUUCGAUGUUGCCAUUAAGUCAUACAUCAUCAGAUAACAUUGGCAAUAGGCUAGAUUUGUUCCUACCAACCUAAGGAUUAAUUUGAUACCCCCCCAUGUAGCUAUAGCUCAAACACAGAACAGAUUUAAGCUUACCUUGUAAGAUGUUUGGUGAAAACGUUGUGUGAAAUAAACAUUUUGACUCUCAGGGCUGGUGAUCAUUAACGGUAGGUCACAGGCAGACAAAUAAGACCUCCUCAGGAUCUGUGGAGUCCCGGCUUUCUGUGUGUAUGAACGUGUUUAUUUUGUUUAUGCUUCACAAUGCUAGAUAAACAUGAUGAAUGGGGAGAUUUAGCGAGUGCUUUGGGUUUUCCUCUAGAUUUCAUGAGGUUGGAAUCCAGCCUUCCCUAACCAAAGAUGGGGUGUUCUCUGCACUGAAGAUGGCUGAACUGGACUUCCCCCAGUUUGAGACUUUGCACCUCGGAAACGUUGAUGAGUUCCUAUUGCAGUGUGAGUCAGUCAAGGUCAAAGAUGUUAUAAUGUAUAGUUACUAUUGCUGAGCGAUUAGUGCUUUUUGAGGUCGGUUUCUAUUUGAUAAAAAAUAUAUAUAUAUAUCACGAUUUAGGUUUCGAUUAUAUUUUUUAAACAUUAAAUGCACUGUGCAUUAUGUGGGUUGAAUGCUGUAACAACACAGAAUAACACAAAUAAUAAAAGUCCCAUGAUGGUGGUGACUGCCCAUGACUGCUUAUCACGUAUAAACCAUCAGUUAUUCACAUUGCCCCUUUAAAGUAAAGUAAUCAGCAGUUGCUACUUUCAUUUUCUGACUAAUAAAUAAAUGAUAUAUACCCAUUGAUUCUUGAAGUAUAUAACUAUAAAUGCCUCAUGAGCUUAGUUCAACUGUCAUACCUCAUCAGAACCCAAAAUAUAAGCUUGUUUUACUCCAAUGUUUGUAAACAAAGAAAAUGUAAACAAACACUAUAUAGCCUCAACAUGGUUAAAACUAUAGUUUUGAUAUCAUGGAUGGUCAGUCCUUGCUUCCUUAGCUCUGUCUUUGACUGAGAGGUUACAUUUCUCCAGCCCCAUCCCUCAGCUGUUUACCAAAACAGGGGCGGGGAAGUUUGUUGUUUUUACUGCUGAUUGUCCGCUUUAAUAAAAUAUUUCAGUUGUGUGUAUUACAUUUGUUUUAUUUGAUGACUCUAUUAUUUCAUUCCAAGUCAUCAUCUCAUCUCUAUAGAGCUGCUGCCUAUGCUGUCUGACAAAAUCACUAUUUUAGUAUUUCUUCAAAGUAAAUAAGGCAUAUAUUUAUGACUGCUGAAUACCAACUAUCAAUCACUUAGAAGUCUUAGAUCAUGUAUUUUCAGGUAGAGAUGCCUCACGAAGCAACUGCUCUCUAUGUAUCCCCUCUUGUUCGUGCAUUCUUCUGUCUCUAGCGUAGCAGGCGUAAAAGAAACACAGACCUCGACAAGUAGCCGCACAAUGGAUUAUGGUCAUUGUAGUUAAUUAUCAUGUUUUCUGCGUUAAACUAUUGUUAAACUACAACUCCCUAUUACCUCGCACAGUAUGGGCAUGAUCUGAUUUAUCUCUAGAGAAACCCCUACAACUGUACCCCAUAAUCUACUUGCUGAAACUCUGAAUAAAGUAACAAAAAUAUGUGAGGAGGAUGAUGCUCCAAAAUAGAACCACCUUUAACAGUAGGCUAUGGUUAUGCUAUGACAUACGAUGUAUUGAUUGAUGUGUUCUCCUGGUCAGGUAAAAUGAGUCACUGAGCUAGUGAAGUAUGGCCUGGCUGAUGUCAUUGAGAACCCAGGGGUCAUCACAGACAUCAGGAUGAAGGCUGUCAACGAGGUGUUCUCCUCCAUCAAGUACCUGGUCAUAUACAACUGCCCCCACCUCCAUAACCCACAGAACUGGAUUACAGGUAUGGACCAAAUCAUCUGUUGGCGUUUUCUAGGACCUUUUUUUAGGACCUUUUGCCUAAAGCAGUAUGCUUUAUUAGCAUUGAUGUAACAUAUCAUGUAUAGUUUAACUUCAGUAACUAGGGCUGGUUCAUGAACAUUGAGAGCUUAGUGGACACUGAGGUAGCUGCGUUUUUGUGUGUUGUGUCAUCAGACCACUCGCGGUGGAGUCGCCUGGUGGACCUGACUCUGGUGCGUUGCCAUGCCAUCAAGCUGGAGUCGUUCAGCCAGUUCAUUGAGCUGCUUCCCAGCCUGGAGUUCAUCUCCCUGGACCAGAUGUUCAGAGAACCACCCAAGGUUAGUCCACGGCCAAGCCUGGAGUUUAUCUCCCUGGUCCUGGUCCCAGUCAGCCUGCUGAGUAGGAAGAACCCCCUGGUUCUGGUCCCAGUCAGCCUGCUGAGAUGGAAGAACCCCCUGGUCCUGGUCCCAGUCAGCCUGCUGAGUAGGAAGAACCCCCUGGUCCUGGUCCCAGUCAGCCUGCUGAGUAGGAAGAACCUCCUGGUCCCAGUCAGCCUGCUGAGGAGGAAGAACCUCCUGGUCCCAGUCAGCCUGCUGAGUAGGAAGAACCCCCUGGUCCCAGUCAGCCUGCUGAGGAGGAAGAACCUCCUGGUCCCAGUCAGCCUGCUGAGUAGGAAGAACCCCCUGGUCCCAGUCAGCCUGCUGAGGAGGAAGAACCUCCUGGUCCCAGUCAGCCUGCUGAGGAGGAAGAACCCCCUGGUCCUGGUACCAGUCAGCCUGCUGAGGAGGAAGAACCUCCUGGUCCCAGUCAGCCUGCUGAGGAGGAAGAACCCCCUGGGUCCCUGGUCCCAGACAGCCUGCUUAGUAGGAAGAACCCCCCUGGUCCUGGUCCCGCAGUCCUAG